CAGGAAGAGGUCAAAAGAAGAAAACAGCGGGAGGCAGGGGAAGCAGGCUCAGUCCGCGUCUCCGCCCUUUGAAAUAUAAGGGUAUUUCUUUCCUCUCUUCAGCCCGCCACCCAGUAAAGGCCCAGCUUGGGACAUUCUUCGCUUCUCUCCGCUUCCCCUCUGGGAGCCCCUUUCGCCGUCCCUGCACCUUGCUUCUGGCAAUGCCCGAGAGGGAGCUGUGGCCAGAGGGGCCUGGCUCGGAACCCGUGACCCGCAUCGGCAGCUGGGACAGCAUGACGAGCACCACCUCCACCCGCUCCGGAUCUACCGACAGCUACGACUUCCUGUCCGCUGAAGAGAAGGAGUGUUUGCUCUUCCUGGAGGAGACCAUUGGCUCAUUGGACACCGAGGCUGACAGCGGACUGUCCACUGAGGAGUCUGAGCAAGACACAACUCCCCAAAGUCCCCGAGCACUGCCCCUACUCCAGCCUGCUCCCCAGGGACAUCCAGAGGAGACGGUUGCUCAGCAAAUACCAGAGCCAAGGAGAGCAACCCAGUCCAGCUUCCCCACUCUGCCUGAACCCCAAGGCCUGGGCUUCAGAUCCGGCUCCUACAGCCUCCCCCGCAAUAUCCACAUCAGUAGGAACCAGAACCUCAGGAAAAGCACCCCCCAGACGAACAGCCACCUGCCAGGGGAACCCAACAGGGUCAUCCCAGACCCCAAGGAAGAGCAGAGCAGGGAGCCCAGCCAGGCUCCAGUCCAGAGGGUCAUCCCAGACCCCAAGGAAGAGCAGAGCAGGGAGCCCAGCCAGGCUCCAGUCCAGAGGGUCAUCCCAGACCCCAAGGAAGAGCAGAGCAGGGAGCCCAGCCAGGCUCCAGUCCAGAGGGUCAUCCCAGACCCCAAGGAAGAGCAGCUCGGCCAGAGCAGGGAGCCCAGCCAGGCUCCGGCCGGGCUCCAGGAGGACGCCCUUGAUUUGGACAUAGCGCUCAUCCCCCCACCAGAGGCUUUCCGGGACGCCCAGCCCGAGCAGUGUGGGGAAGACAGCCUGCCCACAGGGCCAGGGGAGAAGACCCCCGCGCCCCAGCUCCUCACGUCACUCAGCCCCCAGAAGAGAAAGGAGACUUCUUCAGAGGCCAUGUCCCAAAAAGCCAAUGAGAAAGGCUCAACGGGGGCACCAGGACAGCCUCGGCCUCUUCCUGCCAUGUCGUCUCAGAACGCCAGAGCUGCAGAUGCUUCCGUCCCACCAGGGCGGGAUCCAAAUGCCCAAGUAGCUCCCCUCACAGGGCCUAAGCCCCGGAAGCUGCCCCCUAAUAUUGUUCUCAAGAGCAGCCGAAGCAGUUUCCACAGCGACCCCCAGCCCUGGCUGUCCCGCCACCCCGAGGCUGCCCCCGGCGAUUCCGGCCUGGUCUCCUCUUCACUGCAGGAGCAGAGGAAAGCGCGCAAGGAGGCUCUGGAGAAACUGGGGCUGCCCCUGGACCAAGAGAAGCCCAGCCCCCACUUAACUAAGCCCCCCAGCUCCAUCAGACUCAAGGGGACUGGCGCUCAGGCCCCUGCCCCAGCCCCAGCUCCUGCCCUGGCUCAGCCUGCACCUCAGGUCUCAGCAGGGAAGGCAUUGGCUCCUGCUCCAACCCGGGGACCUUCUCCAAUGAAAGCCCUGGCUCCAGCUCUAGCUCAGGGGUCUACUCCAGGCAAGGUUUUCAUUCCUGCCCAGGAACCCACUCCAGGGAAGGUUCCAGCUGCCAAGUCUAUGCCAAUCCCCAUUCCUAGGGCCCCAGGGGUAAGUAAUCCCCUGACGCUGCAGGAGAGCAGCAUCCCUGGGCUGAGGCAGAUGAACUUCAAGUCCAACACUCUGGAGCGGUCAGGGGUGGGGCUGGGCAGCUACCUCUCAGCUGAGAAAGACCCCAGCUCCAAGGCCAGCACCUCUCUGGGAAAAGACUCCUUCUUGAACAAACUCUCACCCAAUGUCUUGCGUAAUUCCCGGCCCCGCCCCGCCUCCUUGGGCACUGGGAAGGACUUUGCAGGGAUUCAGGUGAGCAUGCUGGCUGACCAUGAGCAGAGCUCCAAGCGCCUGUCUUACCAAGGACAGAGCCGAGACAAGCUGCCUCGACCCACUUGUGUCAGUGUCAAGAUUUCCCCCAAAGGCAUCCCUGAUGAGCACAGAAGGGAGGCUCUGAAGAAGCUGGGACUGUGGAAGGAGUAAAGUAGGCCCUUGGCCACCAGCACUGCCCGCACAACCUCGUCCCUGCCUCCUGUCAUACAAGACGACACUCAGGGCUCCACCUAGGAGCCUUGUCCACCUCACUGCUCAGGGGCUGGGCAGGGUUAGACUUCUUUCCAAUGCUCUGCUCUCCGAAGUGAAGAGGAGGGAGAGAUUGGAGUCCAAGCCUACGCUCAGAUGCAGGGUGGUUGUGCCAAUGAGUAUCUGAUGAUCAUCCUGAAUAUGAUUUCCACAGAGAGAGAGAGAGAGAGAGAGAGAGAG